UUCCUCCUCUCCCUCUUUCACAAUUUUUUUUCUGUCAUCUCUCCUUUACAAAUCCCUCUUUUCUCUCUUUGCCCACACUAAUUCACACAAUCUCCCGCACUUCAUCCUCUAUCCCCUUUCCUCUCUCCCUCUCUCUCUCUCUCUUUCCUGGCUUUUCAAUCAGGUCUGACCCACAAUAAUCUCUUUCCUCGUCUCUCCCACAGUCUGGUGCUGCACUGGCUGAGACUGUACAUGAUUUGCAAGGGUUCUCUCUCCACUACUCUGAUUUGAUGCUCUCUCUCUCUCUCUCUCUCUCUUGCUCAAUGUGCAACAUCUCAUCCAUCAUGCUACUGCCUUUUAAUUGCUAGAUGUCCCUCAUGCCUUGUGCAGUCUAAUACAUCAUUCAGUGUCUUCUUCUAACAACACCACUUUUUCUCUCUGUCCUUCUUUAGAUUAUAAAUCUUUAUCAUUUGAAUCAUUUUGUUUAAUGCCAUUUUUUCUCUCUCUUUGUUUUCUUGCCUGGUUCUUCCAUCCAUCCUCUUUGCUUCAUCACUCUCUUAUGCUGUAUUCUUUCCUCUUGAUAUCCCCCUCCUUUUCUUGCUCCCUGCUUCUUUCUCUCUCUCUCUCUCUCUCUCUCUCUCUCUCGCUUGCUGUGUGGGUGCCUAUCUGUUGGAGUAAGACAGCUGGGGAGAUCUGGAAAGAUUUCUGUCUGGGUGCCUGUCUCUGGCGCCGCGAGGGACACAGCUUUGCUGGUGACACCGUACAAGGGGGAGCGUCGGUGACAAGAGCAGCAGGGAAAGUGACAGGGACACCGGUUGCUAAGCGGAUAAGCAGAUCCCUAAUGCCACAGAGAGAGAGUCAUGGACCGAUGAUUCAAAGAUACUGAUUUUGGUGGCAGCUGGAGACGGCCAGACACAGAGACGGAUUCAUCUCCUGAAAUCUACAUAUCGGGGCACAGAGACGGCUGGCACACGCACAUACACAAACCCUGUCUUCUGUUUACAGUUACUCAUUCCGUCUAUUCUCAGUUAAUGCUCUAGAAGAUGUGAAACUACAAAUGAGUAACUGUUGAUUGCUAACGAGGAACUAUUUGAUCAGCGACUAUUAUUUAUAAGAGAUUUGUCCUCAUAUCCUGCCUGUAGAACAUGAUGUACAGAAUUUUUUGUAGGACUGUGGUACACAGACUUCGCUAAAUUUGUGCACAAAUCUUGAGUUGAAAAUAAUCUCUCGCUUGACUCCUUCAUCCCUGUUGACUGCAUCAUGUCAUGCUGGUGGUUCUUUGUGACAACAGUCUUUUACUUCUGGCACCUCCCACCAGGUGCACAGAGUGAUUGCUGGCUGAUUGAGGGGGACAAGGGUUAUGUCUGGUUGGCCAUCUGUAGCCAGAAUCAACCUCCUUAUGAGACCAUCCCUCAGCAUAUCAACAGUACAGUUCACGAUCUCAGGCUUAAUGAGAACAAGUUAAAGAUAAUUGGUUAUGCCUCCUUAUCUCGCUUUGGAAACCUGACAGACUUGAACCUGACCAAGAAUGAGAUUUCCUACAUUGAAGAUGGAGCCUUCCUGGGACAGUCAAAUUUACAGAUUCUUCAACUUGGUUAUAAUAAAUUGACCAAUUUGUCAGAGGGAAUGCUUCGGGGUAUGCCCAGGCUACAGUUCCUCUUUGUGCAGCACAACCUAAUAGAAGUGGUGACUCCGGGUGCCUUCUCUGAGUGCCUGAGCCUUAUAAGCAUUGACUUAUCCUCAAACCGACUCACAAGGCUAGAUAGUUCUACCUUCAUUAGUCUCCAAGCACUCAUGGCAUGUGAACUGGCAGGAAACCCUUUUCAUUGUGGCUGUGAGCUCUAUGGUUUUCUUGACUGGCUAGUCAUGUUUAAUAAUUUCACGCGCAAUUAUGAUCGUUUGCAGUGUGAAAGCCCCAGAGAAUUUGCUGGAUACCCACUCCUCAGUCCCAGGCCCCACCACAGCCGAAAUGCUAUAACUGUUCUUCAAGCUCGAUGCAAGAACGGAGGCUACCUAUCUCUACCACGCGAAAGGCCAACUCCACUUUUACCAGAAUCUUUGCAUGAUCCAGAUGAAAAUUCUGGCUUUAGCCCUGGAGACCUCCUUUCAUCUGAGCCAACUUCCCCCUCUACCACUGACUCUUCUGUUAUGCCGACCAUUGAGAUCCAUCAUGUAACCGGAAGCUCAGCCACCCUGAUUGUCACUAUUCCAUAUCCUUAUAAAAAGAUGUAUAUUCUGGUGCAGUAUAAUAACAGUUUUGUAUAUGAUGUAACAACAUUGAAGCAUAAAAAGGAAUACAUAACCUUAGAUAAAUUGAAGGCUCAUGUCAACUACACUUUCUGUGUGGCUUCCAUUCGCAACUCAAAACGCUUCAACCAUACUUGCCUCUUUGUAUUCACUCGUUCCAAGGAUAAAGAAGAAUUUUCCCCCAACACUUCCACCACCACUCAUUAUAUCAUUACCAUAUUAGGAUGUCUUUUUGGCAUGGUCAUCAUACUGGGAGUGGUUUACUACUGCCUAAGAAAGAGGAGGAUGCAAGAGGAAAAGAAAAAAUCUCUCAAUGUAAAAAAGACCAUUCUUGAAAUGCGUUAUGGUUCAGAUGUUGACCCAUGCUUAGGACCUCAUUCAUCACAGAAAAUGUCAGAGCAUCCCAUUCCUAUCUCCCGCAUUUCUUCACUGCCAACAUCAGUUGCUGGGUUGGGAAGUGGAGGAGAGAAAGGGAUGUCUACCAAGCCAAUGAACUCUCAGAUGGGAACACCCAAAGGUCCAAAAGGCACAAAUUACAUGGAAGUACGAAGUGGGGAAGGGCUAGAAAGAGGUCAAAGAGGGAUUUCGGGAGGGGAAGAGGAUGAGGAAGACUUUCGGGAACUGGACAAUGGUGAGGGGUCAGCAGCUGAAAUAUCCACAAUUGCCAAGGAAGUGGAUAAGGUGAACCAAAUUAUCAAUAACUGUAUUGAUGCCCUGAAACUUGAUACUGCUUCUUUUUUAGCUGGGGGGGACCCGGAACUGGGCUAUGAUUGCCAGUCUAUUCCAGCCAGUUCUUCAGGUCAUUUGGAAAGGCUCAGCUUCCUUUCUCCCCUGUACAAGGAAGGCGUUCACCCUCUUCAGCGCCAACUGAGUGCAGAUGCUGCCACAGUUGCAAAGAAACGCUGCAGCAUUUCAUCUACUGGCUCUAUUAAGAGUGCUAGAGUGUUUAGCUUGGAUGUACCCGAUCAGCCUCUAAAGUGUGACUCCAAGUACAUUGAGAAGAGCAGCCCUCUUAAUAGCCCCUUGGACCGACUUCCUCUAGUCUCUUCUUCUGGAGUGCACCAUUUAGAUGUCAAGCCUUCCUAUCACUGUAGUGAGCACCGUCACUCUUUCCCUGCUCUCUAUUAUGAGGAAAGUGCUGAUACCCUCAGCCAGAGAGUCAGUUUUCUCAAACCACUUUCCCGCUCCAAGAGAGACUCCAGCUACUCCCAACUGUCACCCAGACACCAUUUCUCGGGAUACUCGUCCAGUCCAGAGUACUCCACUGAAAACACCCACAAGAUCUGGGAGCGCUUCCGUCCUUACAAAAAACACACCCGGGAAGAGGUCUACAUAGCAGCCGGACAUGCUUUGCGAAAAAAAGUCCAGUUUGCCAAAGGGGAGGACUUGCACGAUAUCUUGGAUUACUGGAAAGGAGUGUCUGCUCAACAGAAAUUGUAACUGACAACUAAGAGAGUGCUAAGGGCCAGCCAGGGCUGUGGACAUGUUCAGCUGAGAACUGUAGUGCUGAAGCACUGCAGUUUGCAACUAAAGUUUACAUUGGAGGUGGGGAUGUACCCUCACAAAGGGAGGGGAGAAAAUUAGAUUUGUGAGUAAUGCACAGGGAAUUUUUCCGGCACAGACCUCCUCCCUUUUUUCAACACUUCCCCCCAUGGUCUUCAAACUUUAUAUUGGCGACUUUCUUUCAGUUUAUACAUUUCGCUUUCUGAAUAAUUUUUUUUAUUCUCUUCAUUUUGUUAAGAAACAAAUUGGUUUGUAUUUCCUCAAAUGUUGCAAGCUGAAUCCAUGCACUAACAGGGAUGAGGAUGCAUGUUUGUCUCUUCAGUUGAAAUAAUAAUCUUUUAUUCCACUAUUUUCAGUAGUUGUAUAAAUUGAUGGCAAUGACUUAUGACACUAAAUUGGCAUUAUAGCAGUAAUCUAACGAUAUGGUGAAUCUUAUUCCGAGAGCUCUGGAGAAAAGUCUGCCCUGCUCACACUAAUGAUAUAGUGACCUAAAAUGCAAUUUGUCAUCAUAAGAUAAAUAUAGCUACUGCAAAGAAAGUUUAAAACAGCGUGAUGCACAGGUACAUUGUAUUUAAGUAGACUUUUUUCUCCCCCAAUCAACACAUAUAAAACCUAAGUUGUGUCUUUAGAACUGUAAAUAAAAUGAGUAUAGUUGAUCAUAGGUUCACAUUAGAAUUGGACUAAAUGUUGGCUCAAUAAUAUAUAAUUCUAACCCCAACACACGUUUGACAGAUGUCAUUGAACCACUUCCUCUUUUAAAUGUCUGUUAUUAGUAAAUGAUGGCAUGAAUUUUGUUAUAGUCUUUAAACUCCCUGGGAGCACCACAGCAUAAAUCUAUUGGAGUCUACAAUUCUAUAACCAGUUCUAAUGUAAUUAAAUAGUACUGAUAUUGUAGGAACCCUGCCGAAGCUGCUGGUAAUAUGUGUUUUAACCUUUGAAAUACUUUGCUCUUCCUAUCAGAAAAUGCUCCUUAUCUGUUACACCUGUGUGUUUCUAGCUCUUCACAAUGCAUUCUGAGAUGACUACCUGUGAAUCUAAUGUAUAGUACUGAUAUUGAUCUUCCAUAAUAUGUUAAUUGGCUUUGUGAAAUGUCCAUUGAGAGAGGUAACAAGUAUUGAUACAUGCAAUCAUAUGUUCAUUUUCUCAGCAGGGCCCAACACUUCCUUAUUGGUAGAACAUCGUACAUUAACCUGCAAUGCUUUUUACUACUGGCAAGUCACUGCAGCUCUUGGGAGAACAGUAUACUAAGAGGCAUAACUGGAUAAAAUAUUGUAUAUUAUGUCUCUGGUUCCCAGUUUCACCAUUAUUCCAAUACUGUAAAUGUAUCUGGAAUCGCACGACGUAUUAAUGUCAGACACAUCCUCGCAGGUCCCUUCUCAAAAGAAUAUUUCAAAAUGCAAUUCUCUAUGGCUAGAGAAAGUGAUAACGUAGCCACAUUUUCUACAAUCUGUCUCGGUUAUACAUUGAUACCUUUGUUGUGUAAUACAUGCCUUCAGCUUGCAACAUCUCUUUCCGUAGUAAAUGAGUGCAUGGGUUUAACUGUCACUUUCACAUUGCCCUGUGUUUUCUUGACUUUUUAGAAACUAACUGCCAUAAAGGCAUUUUUUAAGUUAUAUUUUUUAUUUUAAAGUGCACCCAUCGUUCACACAUAUGGAGGCAGUCAUUCUAAGGCUUGAACAAUAUUCAGCGACACACAGCUCCAUGAAAAAAGUAUCUCAUGCCCCAAUGAUGUUACUAACUCCUAGUGAAUUCAUAGGCUUCACUGACACCAGUAUUGGUAAGGCCGAGAAAAUGUCUGCCUUCACUGUGGGUAAGCUUUGAGUACACUUCAAGGUAUUUUUCUGCUGUGGUUCCAGAGAAUCUGUUUUGGCUUCUUGUUUCUGUUUAAAUUUUGGGGUGGCAUUGGGAGUGUGGGAGGGUUUGGGAGAAAGGGAUGGAGGGGGUGUGUACACAAGAUUUUGGGCCAAUGAUUUCAAGAGAGGAGAUGGGAACUGUAUUUUUUUGCAUGCAUUAGUGUUAAAAAUAAAAAGAACAAAAAAACACAAAAUAUAAAGAACAUAAAAUAAAAAGCACUCGGCACAGUUCACUUUUAAAAGAAAUUCAGCAGUGAUAUAUGGUGAUAUCCUGCCUGCUGAGAAUUGGCUGGUAUCUGAUGGGACAGACAAGACUGCGUAGAGUGAAUAGUUUAUUGAAAAUAUCUCUAUACCUCAUUGUGCCUCCCACUACAAUCUAUUUAUUGCGUUUGUCUAACCGAAACUCGAAUGGCUUACUGUACUCUAGAGACACUGUCAUGGCGAAAUGCGACACAAUAUAGAAAAGUCAUGUAAAUGUACAUUAACAUGACUGAUGCUACAUCUUUAAAUGCGCUCUAGGUAGCCACAAUGUAAAAUGUUUCUUAUUCUUAUAUUUCUAACUGGAACAAAAAGUUUUAAGUCUUCCUCUUUCAUUAUAGUGGACUUUGAACAUAUCUCAUUUUAUUAAUGCACGCUUUCACUUACACAAUGCUUAUAUAUUUUCACAUUGUAUUAUGCCACACAACAUCUACGCAAUCUAUCAGUUGACAUAGGCUUGAUACCUUCUAUGUAAAAUAAAAGGCAUUGAGUUUGGAGACACAGUAUUACCCCUUUCAGACCUAGGACCUGGGAAAUUGCCGGGUCUCAGCCUGACCCUGGUAAAGAAGCAGGGUCAGGGAUCCAGGACUUUGUAGCGGGUCCUUUCCUUUCACACUUACCAAAAUCCCAGGUUAUUACGCAUUCACAUGCAAAGACCUGAGAUUUUGUAGUAAGUGUGAAAGGGGUGUAAGAGACAUUUACUCGGAUGAGCCUCAAGUUAAAGAUCAGGCAAUGGCAAUAACACCUUUCUAACUGAAACAAAUAUACAUUAUAAGUGGCAUUGGUGGAACAUAAGUAAGACAGAGAUAUAAUAAUACCCAAACAUGAAAAGUCACAAGUAAAACCUGUUCCCAAUGGAUUACUGACAUGGUGUUCAGGGAUCACAUGCUGCUGCUCUGCUCAAUCCUACUGGAAUGUUAGAGAAAAUGUAAGAGCUAAUUUGAUGAAGUGUGUGGAUAUAAAGUGUCAGGAGGCUGGAAUUUGAAUAAAUGCGUAUAAUGUUUCUUUCUACCAAUCAGAACAUUUGGUACAUCCUCCCUUUACUGGGCAGGACCAGAAAAUGGGUCAUUCAUCUUUAAAAGUACUUGGAGGCUGAUUUACAGUUGCAUGAAAAUCGCUGCAAUUACACUCGCAUUAUGUGCAUGGUACUAAAUGCAGAUAUAUUCAUUUGCCUUUAUGCUGUUUUGUAUGCAUCUAUGAAACAGCACCAACCUUAUCCUUCUACUCGUGGAAAUAGCCAACACCAUUAUCAGCGCACACAUGCACCAGUAAUAUUCCUGAAAUCAGGUGGUUCUCUGCGUAUUCCCAUCUCCAUGUACCAAAGAAUUCUGUAUACAUGCUCUAGACACACCUCACUCCACUUCCUGUUAUCACCCAGUCACGUCCAUUCAUUUGCAAGUGGAGUUACGCCUGAAAAGCAUACAAUCCUGAAUCACCAUAGUUUUGGAUCUUCAAUUAACUUUUUUGAGUCCAGAAUCUACUGCUCGGUAGUGAUAAGGAAUUACUGUACUUUGCCAAUGUACAUGACAAUAUGACCUCUAGAGGCACUGUUCCAUUAAAGUACAUUAUGUAACAUAUACAAUAUAUAAAAAGGUUUUUUUAUUUGUGACAGGCCCCUGAAACGGUUGUGAAUACCUGAAUUUCAGUCGCUACUCAGUUACCUCCCACAAUAGCUCCCAGAUUGUCAACCAAUUAAUGAAUAAAUCCUCACCGCCGUCACAAGACCAUUGCGGCAUAUGCGCAGUGCGGCUUAUAUGCAUGGGCAGUAACAAACAAUCUCUGCACUGAGUACAACACCAGCGUUACGUCCAUCUCUGAUUCAGGCCCAGUGUCUUGACAGUUAUUUAGAAAUGCAAAUAGUCGCAUUUUCCAUAUAAAAUAUAAUGAAAUACAAACACACCAACAUCUAUUGUUUCCCCAUUUAAAAAUUAAAUGUGAAUCUUCUUCACUGCAAUGUUCCAAAGAAGAUGACAGAUAAGUAAAUCUGUCCGCAACAUUAUACAAUAUAGCCAUGACGAAACUUUAGUACUAUUGGCUGGAGCAGUCACAUAUGUCACUCACAAGGUGAUAGUGCUGCAGACAGUCAUCAUCAUGUAUUAUUACACCAUCACUUAAGUGUCUUAUCAGCUACGUCUCCUCAUAAUGUAUUUGUGGAUGGUCCACAUAUAAUUUCCACUAUCUAUUGCAUCGGUUCGGUGCAAUACAUAGCUGUAUUACAGAUGUGUCCUUCUGCUUUGUUGCUCAGUAGCGUAUGCAGCGUGACUCCCGGCUCCCGCUAUUUACAGGUGCAAGUGUCCCAUUCUCUUCAAUAGGAGAGCAGCAGCAGCUGCGUACGCUUGCAGCCUCCGGCACCAUAGCGCAUCAUAUGAGCAAACACUGCAACAAUGCAGCAGGACAUAUCUGUAAGUAGCAAUUCAUGGACACUUACAUUUCCGGAAAAGCGAUCCGGUAUCUAGGGCUCUUGUGAUCCUGUCUUCUGCUGCGGUCCGUGGAGUCAGCAGCCAGGUCCAUACGGUGCAGAGGCUGGUGGGAUAUCACGGGGGUGGAGCAGGUGUCGGGUGCCGGGCAGAGAGCAGUUCGGAUUACGCUAUCAUGAGAUGGCGAAUCUGAACACAAUGGAGAAGCGGAAAGCAUGGCUUUCUGUUCUUUAAUGAAUAGCACUCACCACACUACAGUACGGUGAUGGGAUUCAGCCACGGAGCAAGGUAGCGCCGGAGAAGUCAGGAACUUACAGUAACCCGCUCUGUGAAUAGCACUAAGCAGAGUAAAACCAUGUUCACUGCAAACCAGGACUUCUCUGCUCUAUGAACCUACGUCACAUCUCCACGGGGCAUGCUACACUUACUAUACUUACAGUAACUAACAUUUGCCCACCCCAUACUGCACGGCAGACGUUAGGGUCCCCAGUCUAGAAUGUGCACAAAGUUGGAUACAGACAGACACUUUUGGGUGCACAUGUACAGUACAGAAAUGCAUUUCUGCACACCACAAUAUGCUCAAACACCUAAUGCAGAAUGCGUCCCAAGUAAGCAGAGUGCUGUGUCCUAAUCCUUCAUUUAGAUUCUCUUAUCAGAAUCAUUUGGAUCUAAUUAUUUUAUUGAGCAAUUCUGGAGAAAUAGUGUGGAAAAAAAUUUUUCUUAACAGUUUCUUUUUCGUCUUUAACUAUAAGAAGUUAAGGAGCAUUGUGUUAUAAGAAAGAUCCAUGCCUGAUAAUUGGACAGUGUUCACCUUAGGCAAGGCCUUAGGACUGCAUCUGUCCUGCAAGCCGGGCAGGACUAUGGCAUCUUACCACUACACUUUCCUGUCUAAUACUGGUAUGAGAGAUACCCUGAGGCAAAGCAGUACAGUAUAUCCUAUCUCUAAUUAGCUAUCCACUCUCAUUCCAGCCAUUCACUACUUGUUUUACGCAGCAACACCUGAAGAUUUAAAAUAAAUAAAAUAAUACAAUACUGGUGGCAUAAGAUUACUCUACCGCUGCUGUCCACUUCAAUUUAUUGAAAUGUUCAAAAUGAAUUCCGGCCAUUCCCUACUGGAAUAAACACUGCAUUAUUUAAUAAGUAAAUGUACAGACCAGUUACUGUGUUUUACUACAUUAUGAAAAAAAAGUAUCAUUUACAAACUUGUAAAAGUGCAUCAUUGCAGUGUUAAUGCUGUUUUGUAUGGGUUAGGAUAAGACAUCAAUAACUAAUUGAAGACGCUUCAGUUGGGCAGAUUGUGGUGUCCUUGCUGAAUAUACAGUAGGUGAGGUGCAAAGAAGUGUGCCAUUCCACAGACAUCAAGCAUCAGUCUAUACUUUCAAUCCAAUAGCCUUUGCACUAACCAGGAACAUUUAUAGAUAAACGCGCUUUCUAUGAGCACAAGUCAAAUUUAAUAAAGGAAAUCAUCAUGUCAUCAGUUAAGACAGAAGUUCUGAAACGUGGUCAUCAAGGAACCCCAACAGUCCAGGUUUUAAGUAUAGUCAUGCUUAGCUACAGGUGACUUAAUUAGUGUCUCAGUCGAUUUGAUUUAACCAUCUGUGCUGAGCCUUGGAAAUACUUUAAAACCUGGACCGCUGGGGUGCCUUGAGGACUGGGUUUGAGAACCUCUGACUUAAGACAUAAAAGGGCUUUAAAAUAAAGUAUUUUAAGAGAAAAAGUGGUAGUAGUGGAUAAUUUGCAGUUGCAUGCAUACAGUAGCUUUGCUCUACUCAAAUCAUAGUUUGGCCGCAGAGAUGGUAUGCAUGAGGGCACUGUCCCAAGCAGAAAACCCCUUUGUUAUGCACUUGAUAGACACAUACUGUAGGUGCAUCUAUGCAGCCAACUCUGCACUUUCAUAAAUUACUAUUAAAGUAUUUAAUAUCGAAGAGCUUGGUAAACAAUACACCUGCAUGCUUAGCAGUUGGUGCCCAGUUUGUUCUUCCACAAGUAUGACUGGAUUAUGCAUUUUCUCACUAUUUGAAUUUGCUUUAUGGCCCAUACGGGAGCUCAGUUCCCAAUAAGUAUUGAGGCGUUGAAGAGUCAUGGUAAAUGUGUGUAGACUUUCCCUAGCGACAUGUAGGAUUUAUCAACAUAUCGGGCGGGAUGCAAUAGUGUCUGAGAUCACCAGAGAGGCGGGUUGCCAGACAAUCUCAGAAAUGUUGUUAAAGGGACAAUCACUUACAAGGCAAAACCAUGCCUUGCAAAUUAUUGCCGCUUUAAAAACCAUCUGAGUUCGACCGGCAACCCACACCACCGGCAUUACAUCCCGCCCAUCAUGUUAAUAACUUAUAGUUUGCAGCUACUUGUUGCUUCUACACAUUUCUCGGGUUCUCCACACUCUGUAAUUUACAUUAACUUGACUAACCAUUCAUUCAGAUAUUGGGCCUAAUUCAGACCUGAUCGCCCACUAGCGUUUUUUACACCGCUGUGAGCAGGUCAGAACUGCGCAUGCGUAUGCACCGCAAUGCGCAGGCGUGUCACACGGGUACAAAGCGAUUUGUUGCUCUGCGAUGGGUUUCUGCAAAGAAUCCAUUCGCACGGGCGAUCGCAAGGACAUUGACAGGAAGAAGGCGUUUGUGGGUGGCAACUGACCGUUUUCUGGGAGUGUUCGGAAAAACGCAGGCGUUCCUAAGCAUUUGCAAGGCAGAUGUCUGGCGUCAAUUCCGGUCCCAGACAGGCUGAAGUGAUCGCAGCGGCUGAGUAAGUUCUGGGCAACUCAGAAACUGCACAAAAUCUUUUUGUACUACUCGCCUGCGUAUGCGAUCACACACUUACACCGCUAAAAUACACUCCCCGGUGGGCUAUAGCGAGCGAUCAACUCUGAAUUAGGCCCAUUGUUAAAAUAACCCAAAUUUCUUAUCAGUUACAAGUACAGAAUUUCUAUAGCUGUGAUACUAGCUUUUAUAUUCAAGUCAGCAAAAGCAAAUGUAACGGAACAUAAUCCUAGACUGUCUUGUACACACUGGGUGAUAUCCUAUGAAAAAUGAAAGGCCUUGAAUAAUGAAUACCAUUACAGCCAACACACCACUGCUAAUUAACAGAUCUUGUUUUCAGAACUUUACAUUAAUCAUUCCCUACUGAUAUAACCCUUUUACAGCUUAUGACUAUAGCUCCCAUAUUCUACCUUAACUCCAUCUCUGACCCAGCAGAUACCAACAAUUAUGUCCCCAAUCUUGUGAGGACAGCGAGGAAUCGGAAAGUCCUCUGGUUUGUUGUCUUUCCAAAUUUUGUUUUAAUGGCACGCAGUGGUUCCUGACAAAGGGAAAAAAGGAUUAGUGGAGGGGGGAAAAUUAUAUUUCUAUAUUUGCAAUAAAUUUCUUAUGAAAAC